AUGCCGGCCGAUUCCGAUCUAAUUCUCCCUGUGGAGGAAAGAGUAGACGAGAAUCUGUUCAGAUCAUUGUCGGAAAGAUCGAAACACGAGGAUUUCCUAAGACGAGCUGUUGAUCUUCUCGUUGAACGGGUGGUCUUUGGAAGGUCCACUAGGAACUCAAAGGUGGUGGAAUGGACUACACCGGAGGAUAUUAAAAAAGCAAUAGACUUAAAGCCUAGGGAUGGACCGGUGUCGCACGACCAACUGUUAGGCAUUAUGGCUGAUGUAGCACGUUACUCGGUCAACACGGCUCAUCCUUACUUUGUCAAUCAAUUAUUUUCUUCAGUCGAUCCUUACGGAUUGAUUGGUCAAUGGUUGACAGACGCAUUGAACCCAAGCGUUUAUACCUUCGAAGUGGCUCCUGUCUUCACACUAAUGGAGGAAGAGGUCCUACGAGAAAUGAGAGCUAUAGUAGGGUGGCAUGAAGGCCAAGGCGAUGGUAUAUUUUGCCCAGGAGGUUCUAUAGCAAACGGUUACGCUAUAAGUUGCGCUCGAUUCUAUUACUACCCGGAAAUCAAGACAAAAGGUGUAUACGCUAUUCCCAGAUUGGUUCUAUUCACAUCAGAGCUUGCCCAUUAUUCUACACCCAAAUUGGCUUCCUUUAUGGGCAUCGGUAGCGAUAAUUGCAUUUUAGUAAAAGCCGAUAAAUAUGGCAGGAUGGAUGUAGCAGAUCUAGAAAUGAAGAUUAAUGAAGCGUUAGAUGAUGGUGCUACUCCUUUCAUGGUGACUGCAACGUCUGGUACUACAGUUUUUGGAGCAUUUGACCCUUUGGUACAACUUUCGGAUUUAUGCAAAAAAUAUAAUAUGUGGCUCCACGUGGACGCUGCUUGGGGAGGUGGUGCCUUGAUGUCUAAGAAACACAGACACCUUUUGAAUGGUAUCGAUAUGGCUGAUUCAGUUACAUGGAAUCCUCAUAAGCUGUUAGCCGCACCACAGCAAUGUUCCACGUUCCUAACAAAACACAAGAAAGUCCUCAAGGAGUGUCAUUCCUCGAAUGCGAAAUAUCUUUUCCAGAAGGAUAAGUUCUAUGACACCACAUACGAUACUGGCGACAAACAUAUUCAGUGUGGUCGUCGCGCUGAUGUCCUCAAAUUCUGGUUCAUGUGGAAAGCAAAAGGUACCGAGGGCUUCGAAAAGCAUAUCGAUUCUCUUUUUGAAAAUGCGAACUUCUUCUUGGAACAUAUUCGUCAACGAGAUGGGUUCAAAUUAGUGUUGGAUAAGCCCGAGUGUACGAACGUAAUGUUUUGGUACAUACCCACGUGUCUCCGCGGUCAAGAGAACGAACAAGGUUUCGAAGAAAGGUUGCACAAGGUUGCACCAAAAAUAAAAGAGCGCAUGAUAAAGGAAGGAACCAUGAUGGUCACGUACCAACCUCAAGGCGACCUCGUCAACUUUUUCCGCAUCGUAUUCCAAAACUCGGCUUUGGACCACAAGGAUAUGGUAUAUUUCGCUAACGAGUUCGAAAGGCUCGGCAAAGAUUUAGUAGUCUAA